UGAGGCAAUGGGGACGGGUCCCCGCCAGGACCACAACAGGAGCAGGGCCCCAGGGCUGCGCGCUCUGAGCCAGGCGGCCCCAGCGCCGAGCUCCGCCAGGCGGCCCCAGUGCGCGGCUCCGCGGGGAGAAGAGCUGCGGGGGCGGGCUCGGCGCGCAGCUCCGGCGGCGGCAGGAGGCGGCGGGCGGACGCGAUGGAAGUGAAAGACGCCAAUGCUGCAUUGCUGAGUAACUUUGAGGUGUUCCAGUUAUUUACCGAUCUUAAGCAGCAGCGCAAAGAUAGUGGAAAACACAAACAGAGCUCUGGCCAGCAGAAUCUGAACACUAUCAUGUACGAAACAUUGAAAUACAUAUCCAAAACACCGUGCAGAUUCCAAAGUCCUGAGAUUGUGAGAGAUUUCCUCAUAGCAAUGAAAGGCCAUAAACUAACCAAAGCAGAAAAGCUACAGUUGCUUAACCACAGGCCAAUGACCGCAGUUGAGAUACAGCUGAUGGUAGAGGAAAGCGAAGAAAGACUAACAGAAGAGCAGAUUGAGUCACUUCUUCAGACAGUCUCCAGCAUUCUUCCAGGGAACCCAGAGGAAGAGCUGCAGAGACAGGCGACAAUGGCAGCUGAAGAAGAAGGUGACCCAGAAUAGACAGCAUCUGAACCUAAGUUGGCAACAUCAUCAAAAGCUUAAUGAGAAAAGAACCAGCUAAACUUUUUGAUUGCAAAGACCAUGUCUGGGGUUUUUCACCCGCGGCUUAAUCUUGUGUGACAUCACUGUACAGUAUGUUAAUGUUUUAUUGUAUAAAUCAUGAGAGCAACAGCUGUUUAUAAGAAACAUAAAUCAAAGGAGACCUCUCAUGUCAGCCUUUUGUGAGAUGCGAGAAAGAUAGUAACUGGCUUCAUAACACAGCAGUUUGUGACAUAGUGAAAAUAAACCUUACGCUUGAAUAUUCUUUUUUUCCAUUACCCAUGUAACAGCUGUUCUUUUCUGAGUAGGGUUAUAUGCAGCUGGCAGUGUUCUAAUUAUCAUAGCAAUACACUAUAAUUAUAAUUGAUUUAAUAUGUUUUUGAAUUACUCAACUGUUUUCCAGAGUGCAGUUUACAAUGCAAUGUCCGUUCUGUGUGGAAGAAGCCAUUGCAGGGUAUCGAUACACAGUUAGAAUAAAGUUCAAAAAUUGUUUAGUAUCCAUAUAAGAUCAGUAGUAAUAGAUCCUUAUAACUACUAAUAUCUUUAGGAUUGUACCAUGGAGUGGAAGGAAUGUAAAGGCCGUGUUGAUAUGGUAACUAGUCUCAAGGACACCUCUGAUAUGACCCUAUGCUUAUUUUAAAUAUAAGGCCAGAUCCUCAGCUGAUGUAAAUGGACAGAAUCCCAUCAAAGUCAAGAGGGCUAUGCUGAUUCAGACCACUCGAGGAUCAGGCCCAUAAAGUUAGGGUUCUGAGUAAUGCAAACAAAAAACAAUUUAGAAGUAUAAGUCUGCUUUUUUUUUUCUUUCUUUGAAUCACCUGUUGUCUAGGUGUUACAUGUAGAAGAUUGCACAGUCCACAUGAGCUAUGCUAUCAUGGCACAACUGGGUGAGUUAAUGAUGACACCAGAGCCUUAACUCUGAAUUUCCCUAUUUUGUUUUCAGAAGUUUAAUGAGGCUCAGUCCUUUCUCAAGCAAAACCUCCACUGAAGUCAAUACGAGUUUUGUCUGACCACAGACUACAGGAUCAAGCACUUAGUGUUGAAAGUGCUAGAGAUCGUUAAAUCACAAAUCGUACAUGUAUGGUACAGUCCACACUGUUUCUUCUUACGAUAUGGCUGCAAACAAAACAUGUACCAAUCAUUGUAAUGUGUUAAAAGCCGAAAUAAAAAGUUUGAAAAAACUCCUAGGAAUUUCGUGGUUGAUCGCAGUGGGAGUCAGAAUAUCUGAUGUCUGUUUCCAGCUCUGUCACAGCCUUCCUUUGUGACACUGGGCAAAUAAUUUACCAUUGCUCUGCCUCAGUUUUCCCUUAUGUAAAGUAGAACGGGUAAUACCUGCUUCACAGGAGUGUUGUCAUGCUCAGUUCAUAAAUAUUUGUAAGAUGCUUUGAGGCACUGAGAUGGAAGGUGCUAUUGAAGUAGAAAUUAUAAGUACUACUAUCUUUAGGAAGUAAAUAACUGUAUAUCAGGUGAAUAAAUUAUAAGGCUGAAAGCCAAGGUGUGUUUUAGCACAAGGUGUAGUGACUAGGGUGUUAAAAGGAAAGGUCCAAGUUUUUUAUUGUUAAAUACAUGUAAAUAUUAAUAGUAGAGGGUGGAGGGGAAGCCCUCCAAAAUAGUUAAUGGACUAUCCGACUACUGAAAGAUACGUUUUAAAAUUUGUUAUAAAAUUACUGGUGCUCGACAGCUUGCAGGAAUGGGCCAUGUCUAUUAGAAUUGAUUGUAUUUUCUAAAAGCGAGCUCGUGAAAUGUCAUUAUAAAGCUAACAGAGCAAACAGAAGCAAAAUCACAAGUCCCUUUAAGAUACAAGUGAGUAUUUUAACCGCCUUCUUAAGCUGGUUGUUCCACCUCGGGAAUUGUUGAUUUGUUAUAAUAUAUCUGGGCCAGCAUCAGUAUGGUUUUAUGUUGAAAGUUGAAAAUGUAUUGUUGAGAUUUCUAGUAAACUGCCCUUUUACUACAUUAUUUAAAGUAUUUAACAAUAAAUCACUUCCAGAUGAAUAAAAAUACGUACUUUUGUACAAAUACAAGAAUAGACUACUUAUCUCAAUGAAGACACACAAAUGAUCAUUUUCU